GGCAGGGGGGGAGCGUGGCGGCGUGCAGGGGGCGGCAGGAGGGGGGCAGCGCGGGAAAACUGAGCCAUGGCCAGCGAGGGCGAGGUGGCGGCGCCGCUGGUCUCGCAGAUCGUCGAGGAGUUCGCGACGUUCGGCGUGACCCUGAGCGACGAGGUGGCCAGCCAGUGCUUGCUACUCUGCGCACAGUAUGGAGUGGAUGGGGAGCAGCUGGCAGUGCUGUGGCUCUCCUUUGCCACCACAAAUGGCUACGACACAAUCAGCCUGGAGGCCCUCGAACACCUGGACCGUCUGGAGCAGAGUUCAGUCAAGAGGAAGGCAUCUGCUGCUGCUGCCUCUGCUAACAACAGUCUGAAUAUGAGCGUGGACAAUGGCCGCCUCGCCCUCCCUGACGACGAGGACGAUGAAGACCUGCUGGAGGCGUACGGCGGCGGCGGCGGCUCCAAGACUGAAAGGCAAGCACAGACGCCCAAGAGUACAAAGAGCAAGCAGUCCAACGGUCAAGUUCGUUCCAUCUCUGCCCAGUUCCACUCCACCAACCUGUCACCCACUGUGGCCAGCCCGUCAGUUAGGUACUCCUCCCGCACCAACUCUGGGGCUGUUGUUGCUAGCUAUGGCGCCUCAGAGAACAUCACAUGGACUGCCAAACAAAGUUUCCAGCCUGAGGUACAAAUGCUCCAGGCCUUUGAAGAUGAGCCGCCACUGACCAAACCCUACAAGUAUAUGUAUCAGAGUGCACAGACGAUUGGUGAUGUGCUGAAUGAGAGGAUCCUCUCCAUGGCCGAUGAGAUGCAGGACGUGAUGCUGAACAAGGGGAAGGAAGGCGAGGAGGAGGAAUAUGCUAGUAUUGGCGAAAUAAAUAGUGGGACAUUUUCAACAGUGGGAAGGAUCUGUUGUGACUGCAGUGGUCACCUGAAUGCUGCCUCUGUGCUGGUUGAAGGAUGGGCAGUGCCAGGCAGGAGCAACUGUGUGCCAUUAGAUCUAUCUCGUGUGGAGAGUUUCUCAAUCUUCCCGGGACAGAUUGUUGGUAUUAAAGGUAUGAAUUCAGUCGGCUCCAAAAUAAUUGCCCAAGAACUUGUGCAGGGCAAGACUCCACCAGACCCAUCCUCUCCAAUUACUAUCUCCAUCAACACAGGUCCCGUACAGGUAGUGGUGGCAUGUGGGCCCUUCACCACCUCAAGUAACUUGCUCUAUGAACCUCUCACGGACUUCCUGACCACUUUGCGUGACAACCCACCACAUGUCCUUAUUUUGCUGGGUCCGUUUCUUGAUGCCAGUCACCCACUUGUCGUUGGCAAUGAUCUAGGGGAGUCCCACAAUGCUGUGUUCAACCGUUGCCUCCGCAUAAUUGCCUCCACACUUGAAGGUACUGGAACUCGGAUCGUUCUGGUGUCAUCCAGCCGUGAUGUGACUUCCCCAAUGGUGUACCCCACUCCACCAUAUGAUGUGUCUGGGAACUUUACUUGUGUGAGUGAUCCUGCACUCAUCAGUAUUGAGGGUGUGGUCGUAGCUCUCACUUCGACAGACAUUCUUCUUCACCUUGGCAAGGAGGAGAUCUCUUUUCCUUCUCCAGCGCCAGACCGUUUAGGGAGACUGGCCAGGCACAUCCUGAAACAACGCAGCUUCUACCCAUUGUACCCAGCUCAUGAGAGCAUGUGUGUUGGUAUGGAGCAGCUAGAAAAUCAUGCACACCUUCCAUCAAAACCCCACCUCCUAGUUAUUCCAUCAGAUCUUCGUUAUUUUGCUAGGGAUCUGGAAGGCUGUGUUGCGGUGAACCCGGAGCGUCUAGCAAAAGGCAUUACUGGAGGAACAUAUGCUCGGAUAGAGUUGCACCCACCUAACAGCAGCAAAGGAAUGCACGAGUCCAUUAAUGUUAAUAUUCUUAGAGUGUGACCUCCAGUCAUUUAUGGAGUCUUGUCUGUAUGCUUGGACUAGGUGGGGUUAUGGGGAGGAAAGUUAAGUCUAGCCAGUAAAUUUUCCUUAGUCAUACAGUUAAUCAUUUUAGGUCCUAAGUUUGCGGACUGAAAGGAUUGUUAACAUGGUAUGGUCUAAUUAUACAAGUGAAGUUUUAACAUUGGACAGACCAUGAUUUGGUUCAAAUAUUAUAGCAGUAUUAGAGAAUUAAUGAAUACAAUUACUUGUCACACUUUACAAGAUGUUUAUAAUAAAAGAUUUAUUAUGAUA